GUCUUAGAAAAUGUAGACUUUUCACAUAACAAUAUAGUAUUUAAUUGGGUUGCAAAUUGGAGCGAAAAUAUUUGCACAAGAAUAAUUCUUGCUGGUAUCAAUGAUUAUGAUUCUCCAAAAAUAGCAUCAUUUUCACCUGAGAUUUGUUGGGAAUAUUUUUUGGAGUAUGAAAAUAUUGACAAGCUAAAUAAAUGGAUCACAAAUAUUUUUACCAGAAAGCAACUUGAUUUUCCAUUUGGAUGGACUAUUAAUGGAACAAUGUUAAACAAAAUUAAAUUAUUUUCUACAAAUCAUGUUCAAGAAGCUGUUUUAAAUAUUUUAGGAAGAAUUGGCAUAUUUUGUGAAGAAGAAUUAGAAGAUUUUCCAUCAUUAUUAAGACGAUUUGGUUGCAUUCACUUCAGUUUUGGAGAUAAAUCUAUACUUCAGUGUUCAAGUUCUUCAAUUUCAGUUUCUGAUUUUACACAUCGUAUUAUUCAUUAUAGUUUGGAACAAAAUAUUCCAAACUUUUUAUAUUACUUUUUAAAUGAAAAUCUAUACAGCACUGAAUCUCUCUUGCAUUGUUUAUUCUGUUCUACACCACUUUUGGGUAUGAUAUCAUCAUUUUCCAAGUGGUCCAAAAUGCCUGAUGAAAGAAACAUUUUUUACUGUGGAUUCCGUAAAAUAGAGUCGUAUCUUCUGCCUAUAAAUAAAUGUCAAGUGAACCAUCCAGAACGACAUGCACCGAUUACCAUGGGGCGUCACCUCCUCCUUUGGAGCAGCAAAGACAACACCUCGUUAGAUGAACCUUUUGGCGACAUAUGUCUGACAGAUUUGGAUCCAAGGAUGUGGAGACAAGUGGGAAACAGAUCAGGCCACAGGUGUCGUUGCUAA